CGCGGAUUUCCCAAGCAUCGCCAACCGGACACACUCAGCGGUUUCGCACAAUCCGGUGAGGUUAUGGCGAGCAAGGAAGCGGGGGAGGCACGGACGUCGAACACGGCCUCGGCAAUGAGCGUCGAGAGCGUGCAUCAACAGUCUGAGCUGCUCGUCAUGGACUACCUCAGGGGAUCUCGCUGCAUGAAGACGAUGGACGCGCUUUCGCGCUGGAUCUCGGACAAGGCGAGGAAGUCGUCGCCCAAGUCCCACAGCGCCAGCGAGCUUUUCAACAAGGACGUCGCUGCGCGUAAAAACUCAAGUCCGAAGUCUAGCUCCGUUCUCGAAUACAUGAUUGGACGCCGGAAACAGUCCAAGUCCCAUCGCUUGAGUUGUGUGAGCCCGGAUGUCUUGGCGUGCAUGUCGGUCUCUCCGACUGAUGCAUCCUUGCCAACAUGGACAGCCGAGGAGGUUGUGAUGCUCAAGAAGGCGGCCAAGAGUACGCAGAGCAUUACGGACAAGACCGAGCGCUGGAAAAACGUCAGUGCCGUUCUCGGCCGAAGCAAACGCGAGUGCUACGACAAGUACAAGGAGAUCAAGAGAGAGCGCAAAAAUUUAUCCAAGGUUGGCGACGCUGAAACACCUCGCGCAAAGAACAAGGACGUCGAAGCGCCCAACUCCAAGAGUAAGGGGCGCUCAAGUGAUCAAAAGAAGCCACUCGACGACGAUAAAGGAUCUGGAUCCACAUGGGGAAGCUCGCGGGCUGCGUCCGCGACUGUUGCACCUGACCGCCGCGCGGCAAGCAAGUACGAAGCCGUCGUGGAAAAUGACGUUGUUGAUGACGACAUAAUCGACGACGCCCCGAGUGCGCUAGUGAAGCAGGCGGUAGGGCGUCCACUGGCACUAGCGACGUCCAUCGGCCGAUCGCUCACAAGCGCCGAAGUGUCGGCUAUGCGCAUCUUACUCUUUGGCGAGGCCAAGAAAGGCCUCACGUCGCACUGGACAGCACAGGGGUUCCCAUUUGCACCCGUGCCUGGGUAUGGCAUUGUGCAGCACGAAGGCGGUCCAUGCGGCGUCAUGGCAGUUGUCCAGGCCUACACGUUGUAUUUCCUCUUCCAAAACACCACAUGUUGGCAAGAGCCGCGCGCGGACGAGCUCCGGACCGCCCUUACCGACGCGCUGACACACAUUGUAUGGCAAGCAAGCGACGGCUCUCAAUGCACUAUGGCCCUUCCCGGCGCUCAACCUACAAUCGAGCACGUACGCGUAACAUCGUCACUCUUGUCGCGUUCAGCUGCCCGCGAAUUCAUCUCGACCCAUAUUGACGAGUAUCUAGCCUCGCGUGGCUCUGGCGUGAUUCUACUUGUCGCGAGUGUUCUCUUGACCCGUGGCCUCGCAACAAUUGCUGCCGACAUGGACGCACCUGACGGAGCAACGCCGACGCUGGUCGGUGCUCAUGACUAUUGCACGCAAGAACUCGUGAAUUUGCUUCUUGUUGGAUACGCGUGCAGCAACGUGUUUGAUGGCACACAAGACCUCGGUGACGGCCUCACACUGCGUGGCAUUGGCCGCCAAGGUUUGAUGCAUAGUCGUUUCUAUCUUCGAGCCACGCCUAGGCCUUGUGGGCUUCCUAACGCUGUUUGAGGCUUACGAGUACAUGGUGGUGGGUGCAUUCUUGAAGGCGCCUACGGCUCCCGUUUGGGUCGUUUGCAGCGAGUCACACUACUCAGUUCUGUUUGCGAACCCCGACGCAGCGACAUCGCCCGCAUCGACGGAAACGAUCGUGGAGCUUCUCUACUACGAUGGACUCGCCAACCAAGACGAACCCAUCCAGCUCAGCGUUUCGCCAUUCGGGCUUGCUGCGCCCAAGAAGCCACGCCAUGACGACAACUCGCUUACGCCGCCAUUGGACCUGGUAAUCCGCACCAAGUGGCCGCGGGGCACCGUCGACUGGCAUGGCACCGAGCCUCUCUUGUAACCUGCAAGAAAUCUACCACUACGUACUAGUACAUAAUUCAGAAUAUAUUGCACACAUUAGUCGGUGG